UUGUUGUUGUUGUUGUUUUUGUGUUUAUUCUAAACUCUCGCGCGCACACACACACACAGGACUUAUUGUUUGUGACUUUCUAAGUAUCGACGAGAACCGCACGCCUGAGUGAGGGGACACUUAUGAAAGAUGACAGCCGAGAAAGACAAGAAAAGGAGCACUUCUGAGCGGCGGAAGGAAAAAUCCCGUGAUGCUGCUCGCUGCAGGCGCAGUAAGGAGACUGAGGUGUUCUAUGAGCUGGCGCACGAGCUACCCCUCCCUCACAGCAUUAGCUCCCAUCUAGACAAGGCCUCCAUCAUGAGACUGGCCAUCAGUUUCCUCCGCACAUGCAAGCUCCUCACAUCAGGCUGCAACACCAGUGAAACGGACAUGGAAAGACAGCUGGACAGUCUUUAUUUGAAGUCACUAGAAGGCUUCAUCUCGGUGGUAACAUCAGAUGGGGACAUGAUCUUCCUCUCUGAGAAUAUCAACAAAUUCCUGGGCCUGACUCAGGUUGAACUAAUAGGUCACAGUAUCUUUGAUUUUACCCAUCCUUGUGACCAUGACGAGAUACGUGAGAACCUCAGCCUCAAAACCGGUGCGGGGAAGAAAGGUAAAGAGUUGACCACAGAGAGAGAUUUCUUCAUGAGAAUGAAAUGCACUGUGACAAGUCGGGGGCGCACUGUCAACCUUAAGUCAGCCAGCUGGAAGGUGCUACACUGCACAGGUCAUCUUAAGAUGUACAACAGCUGUCCAACACGCACUCUAUGUGGAUUCAAAGAGUCACCACUGACCUGUGUGGUCAUGCUUUGUGAGCCGAUCCCACACCCUUCCAACAUCGACACCCCUUUUGACAGCAAGACUUUUCUCAGCCGACACAGUAUGGACAUGAAAUUCACCUAUUGUGAUGAGAGAGUAACUGAGUUAAUAGGCUACAAUCCUGACGAUCUACUGGGUCGCUCUGUGUACGAGUUCUACCAUGCGCUUGACUCUGAAAGUGUCACCAGAAGCCACCAGAAUUUAUGCACAAAAGGGCAGGCUAUGAGUGGACAAUACCGGAUGUUGGCCAAGUAUGGGGGCUUUGUGUGGAUCGAGACUCAAGGCACUGUCAUUUAUAGUAGCCGCAACUCUCAGCCGCAGUGUAUUGUGUGUGUCAACUAUGUCCUGAGUGAUAUUGAGGAGAAGUCAACAGUCUUCUCUAAAGACCAGACAGAGUCUUUGCUGAAGACGCAUAUGAGCAGUUUCUUUAGCCAGGCUGGAUCUACUGUCGAACCUGAGAAUAGACUCAUCAAGUUCAAAGAGGAACCCGAGGAUCUCACACACUUGGCACCAACUCCUGGUGAUGGGGUCAUCCCCCUUGACUUUGGUCGUCCUUCAUUUGAGGAAUACCCAGUGUACUCGAAAGGUUCCCCUAUGCAUCACUCGGUCAUUGAUGGUCAUAACAUGCCUAAAUUAAGUGGCAACUUUUCUAUAAUCCAGGCCUCACCAGCCAGCAGUGCCACUCCCAGCCUAAGCAGCUGCUCUUCGCUCAGCAGCCCAGAUGAUUACAAAAGCCCAGUGGAUGACCUAAAGAUGGAGAUCACAGAGAAACUGUUUGCUAUGGAUACCCAGGGGAAAAACUCUUACAACCAAGAGACUGACCUGAGUGAUCUGGAUCUGGAGACAUUGGCCCCCUACAUUCCAAUGGAUGGUGAAGAUUUUCAGCUAAAUCCCAUCUGUCAGGAGGAACCUCUACCUGAGACUGUUGCUCAUGGCAUUUCCCAGUACAGCUUUAGCAACAUUGCCAACUUCUUCCAGCCACUGACCCCACCUCCUGGGGCCCAAUUCCAGCCUGACCCACACUCUACUAAUGAGAAGCAAGCACGCAGUGCUACCACAGUGGAGCCCUGGCCCCCAAUAUUUUAUGCCAGUCCAAUGCCUCUGGCACACUACACCAACCCAGCCAGCACACCACUGUCCUCUGUGGGUGGGCAUGACAGUCUUCAUUGGCCACCUGACCCACCAAUAAAUUACUUAAAUAUUAAAGGUGGUGUGACAGACUCAUUGUUGGAAAAACACCCAUGCCAAGCUCUGCAAUCAAAUCACUUGUCCCUCCAAAAUCUAAGGUCUGUGGAAAAAUAUGAACCUUGUAAAGCCUUCAGAGACAUAAGCCCAGCCCGGCUCACAGUGCCAACCACUAUGAAGCGCUCAUUUUCACAGAUUAGCAUGGGGGUCUCACCUGCUACCAAGCCACCAGAUAUGUGGAAAAGGAUGAAAAGUGAAAGCUGUGCCAUUUUGAACAGGAUGUCUCAAAGCAGUAGUGCCUUAACAGAUGAGCACGUGGUCCACCAGCAUAAGAAGACUCAGUAUCAAGGUAAUCAAACAGCACUGGGGAAAAAAAAUUAUUUAGAACAGUGUUGUAACUACUCAGACUACAACAUGGUGCCCAACACAAAAAUGCAAGGUGUGGCGAGUCGUCUUCUUGGACCCUCAUUUGAGAUGUUCUGUCUGCCUGAGCUGACGCGUUAUGACUGCGAAGUAAACGCACCCCUACAAGGCAACUUGCACCUGCUGCAAGGCAGUGAUCUACUGUGUGCUUUAGACCAGGCCACCUAGAGUGACAUCGUCUUAGUCAGUUAACCGAGCUAUAUCACGUACAUGGAGUUUCAACCACAGUCCUGAUUAUAUUCAUACAGUAUGUUUGAUCGUGGUCCUUCAUUAUCUUUCCACUGCCCAUUGUAGUAUUUUCCUUUCAGCAUACCCCACUUAAGUCAUCAGUCAAUCUCUUAAUGAGCACAAAAUGUGCACAAUAUGGGGACUUAAUUGCACACACCUCUAUCCUAGCAUAUACAAUGAGAAUGUAGCUUUGUGUUUUAUUGUCUUCAUCUAAGUAUAUAAAUUAUAUGCAGUCAUAUACAUGGUAUAAUACAACAUACACAUAUUAUACAGUAAAGCAUUUUACUUGCAAAAGCUCUUUCUUAAAGGUGCAAUCAUUAUUUUUUAUUUCUUGCUUGUACAAAUAACCUGGAAGAUGUAAAGUUUAAAACAUGAUAAAAAAAAAAAAAACCUAAGUCAUGAUCUUGGCACACAUCUUUUAAGUGGUUGUAAAAAUCCAUUUGAAAAACCUGCCUCUAUAUUGGAAUGUUUUUUUGUGGUUGAAUGAGCCCCCUGCCAGUUAUUUUAUACACAUUACAGGCCACUGCAGAUCCUGUCAGUGGAGCUUUAUGAACAUGGGUGCAAAUGAGGGGCUAGCUCAAAGUGGUAAAAAGAAGGAAUCAUUUAAAAUUUUAAUCCACUUACUUAACUGUUGGAGACCUAAUGCACCUUUAAUGUGCUGAUCAUUUUAUGUCCAGUUUCCUUGUCUUUCUCUUGGCUAUCUGUUUUUGUGCCUUUAGCUAAAUUUCUAGUGCAUUUCUUUCUUGGUUUCUUUGUCCUGCUCUCUUGAAGAAAGAUGAUCUACUGUAAGAAUAUUAUUUGUCCUCAGACUUUCUGUAUUUCUUUCUACAUUUCCUACCUCUGACACCUUAAGCCUUUACCUGCAAUAUUUAUGCAUGCUUUAGUGCCUUCUCUGUUCAAUUCAUAAAGUGUUAUAGCAGUACUUUUCUUUUUGUAAGUCAGUCUCUUUAUCUGUUUCUCUCACUUUCUUUACAUUGCCUUUUAUGUGGUGACCACUUUGUAUAGUUUUUAUUUUUGUCAUUUUAGCUGUAUACAUUAUAUUUAAAGGAGAAUUCUCUAACGUUUCUAUGAUAAAGUUCUCUAUAAUGUUAAAGUUGUAGCACUCAAAUACCUGGGUACUUUGUCUUGUCUACUCAGUAGAUGUGGAUCGGAGUGCUGAUUGUAAGUGGUCUGUAGUGCUGGUAUCUGUUCCUUUAUAGUGGCAUUUUUUUCCCUUUGUGAUACACAAACGCAUAUAUUAUUGUUGGCAGGCCAGUGCAGUUUUCUAUUUACUAUAAUACUAAAUAAGGGAAAAAAAGAGAAAAAAUAUUUAAAUUAAAAAGUCUGUUUUUGAGAUGGGCAAAUUAGCAAACGUUCUAUUCCACAUUUUCACUUUUUAGCAUUUAUUAAUGACGUGUGACAAUUGUGUUAAGAAAUUGUCCUUAAUACUUACAAUAGUAUUUCUGUCAUACCAGCUGAGGUUGUCUUUUAAGUCGAAUGAACUAGUACUAUAAUGGAUAAAUAAAUUUUGACCUAAUUACUAAAGUUUUGGCUGAAGGCGUACUCUUCCUAUUGUAUUUGUAUUUGUUGAUUCAAUCAACAUUUUUUUUGCACCCACACAUACCACAUAACUCUGCAUUUGCUGUUAAUCUUGGAAUAGUAGGAAAUAUUUCAUGAAGACACCCUUAAAUGAUCAUUCUCUAUGGUCAGUUUUACCUAAUAGUUGAAAAGAAAAACAAAAUAAUAUAAGUCAAUUACAGUGUUCUUUUAAUGAGUUUAGUUGAGACACACUAUAUGCUUUCGAAACCGGGUCAUGUGUAUUCACAACCAGAAUGAGAUUCUAAAUGCUGUAGUUUUCAAGAUAAGCAGAUUAGAGAGCUUAGAGGAUUGCACAUCUGCAUAAAUGACCCUUGAACCUGAGGUUCCUAUGUAUAGGCCCAAAAUGUCCUCAGUGAACUUUAGAUGUUUGGAAAAAAAUUCCUCCAUUCUAUCUGAUAAAAUGUUAGGACAUUACGCACAGUAGACACAAUAUGAGGCCAAUGGAAGAUACAUAGAGAUAUUCCAGUGUUCACUGUAGUAAGAUAGAGAGAUAUAGGCUGCUCAGUCUACCCUACUGAUGCACAUCUCUCUAGUCUGAACAUCGCCUCUGUCUAGAAAAGAUUUUCCUCUGUCUAGAAAAGAUACAUUUGCUGUAUUUAUAAAAUUAAAAAAGUUGAAGUUAAAGGGGAUGCCCGAGUAUGCGAGGACAUACAGUGACAGUCACUAAAAGGCCUAUGGUUGCGCUUCAGCCUUAGGCCCAAAUGUAUAUGACUCUACACAGCUGCAAAAUGCAUCUGACAUAUGUUCAAUUCACUUGAAAUGCAAGUAAUGAAUAGAUUAUAAUAAAAACUCUUGUGUCAGAGCAAUAGAAAGGUGCAGAUGGUGUUAAUAUGGCUCACACGCUAUUACAUUCCCAAUUGGCUUAACCCUAAGGCUAAGUAAUUAGCAUGUAAAAUUGAUUUAUAUGUUCAUGUCAUGGGCAGUGUCGAAAUACUUUUAAAGUAUUCCUUUCCUUGGCACUGGGGUGGAGCCCUGAAGGGUAAAUCAUUUAUGUCUUUAAUAACUUUUAAAUAUGAUAUAUUUAAUAUGUAUCUUUCACCUUAAAAUGUGGAUAUAUUGUAGCUUAAAUUAUUAAAUAAAUAGAUUGCAAUUAGUUUAUGAAAUAAAGCUAAUAAUACACUGUAUGCACCUUUCUAGGUAAGAGAUGUACACUAAGGGUGUACUCUUAUAGGUACCCCCUCAGCGAUGAGAAAAGAUCCAGUUUAGUACCUUUUUCUGAGAAUAUUGGUUACCCAGACUUUAUUCUAAUAGACAAACAGUACUAACGCACGUAGUUGGCUAAAUUGUACUUGUACCAAAAUUCUAAAAGGUAUUGCAUUAAUAAAUAUUCUUUAUAAAAGAAUGUUAAAAAUAUAAAAAUUAAUAGAGAAAAACAUGCAGGAAAAAAGUGACAACAAUGGGUCUGUAAAUGGCUCUAAUUUACACUCGAGACAGACAAAUCACAGACAAACCUGCCCAUCGAUAUAUGCCCUAUGUAUACAGUAGUUCAUUAUUAUGUAGCCGCACUUCUUGACCUUUUGCACAUUUCGUACAUAACGCCCAAAUAUUUUCGCGGCUGAAUUGCACUUGAAAGUGUGCACAAACAAUGUAUACAGUAUCUGGCCACCAAUAUUUUAAAAUGUAUUAUUAACCAUUAACAGAAAUGAAAAGGAAUUUCUGUUAAAAGUUUGUGUUACAGAGAUUGAUGCCAAGGUUAAAUGUAGUAAACGGAGUUAACCUCUAUCAUUCUUUUUCGUGGUGUGGCCAAAUAUACAACUGGUGAUGCUCUGAAAGAUGUAUAUUUUCUAAUAAAAACUCCUAAAAGUUUGGGCUUGUUAGUCGCACUAAGUAAUUCUGUAUUUUAAUAUGCUAAACCAUUAUUAUUAUUAUUAUUAUUAUUAUUAUUAUUAUUAUAUUCAUAAAGCAUUAUUGUUGUUGAUAGUAAGGUAUGGGAAAUAUUACCCAAUGAAAUGCUGUAUCUCUGCACUGAUAUCAUAAUAAAACAUAUUGAUCUUUA